AUGAGCGAACUGCGACGUUUCCUAGGUAUAAUCAAUUUUAACAGAAGAUUCAUAAAAGACGCAGCGUCCACCCAAGCGCCAUGUCAUAAGUAUCUGGAAGACGCGAAAAAUAAGGUCAAAAGACCGAUCGUUUGGACAACAGAAGCAGAGGCAGAAUUCGACAAAUACAAAAGGGCGUUGACGAAUGCUGCGUUGUUGACAGAAAAUACCGAACUUACCCCCAGGGUGGACGCCAAUGGAUGUAGUACUGUAACAAAAGGGAAAAGGGUUAUGGAAACGCAUUGGUUUCUUUUCAAAAAAAUGUUCGCAGCAGUAACUGAAGUACAGCACGUUCCGACUAGAAUAAUUUUUGGAGAUUAUAAAGUUAAAGCAUUGACAGGAAAGGGGCUCUGCCCACCUCUUAUAGCUCCUUAUAGCGGAAAUCAGACAUUGAGGUACCAGAGGGUGGUUUGGGCCUUUGUUCACUCGUCAUUGACUACUUGGUACCAGGAAAUUUUGUGUCUUAACUUAAUUAAUUCCGGUGUCUUAACUUCGGAAUUACCAAAAAUCGUCAUGUCUGAUAGCGGAUUUAAUAAAAUCGCGUCGGGAACAGAUAUUGAUAAAAAAACAAAGACAAAAAGUAAUAGGAAUGCAGUAAUUGCGGGAGGAGACGCGAGUCUACGACGACGUCUGGCCUCGUCUAAAAACAAGAAACGGGACGUUACAGAUCCAUUAAGGAGUAAUGACGCAAGCAGUUUAAAUCAGGAAGAAGAUAGCGUCAAUAAGAGAGUAGCAUCAAGUUUCCGUAAACAUUUUUCGAAAACGUUGCUGGCGAAACGAAGUCGUCCUGAAAAAAACCCGAUACCUACGAAGCCGAACAAAAAGUUGGGCAACGUGCUCGCCCCGAGGAUUCAACCGGCGAAGAUGCCGCGUUCUUAUUUGGAGCUUUAUCGCCGACGAUUCAGUGAACCACGGUACAACGUCCGAUCCCCGGAGGGCUCCACCUUGUCGAUUUUCGGAGACAGCCAGCAAGAGCAGCUCACCGACGAGGAUACGUGUUUACCAGACACCCCGAGGGACGAUCAGAGCGAGCUCAGUUUUUACCGUCGUCUAAUCGAGGAAUUCACCGAUCGUCCAGUCACGACCAUUCGAUCUGCCGGAACGUUGCAUCAACACGUGUCAGAAGACACGAACGUUUCCCAUGGCCUGGACAUGGUUAAGCGGGACGCGAUCAGCAAUAAAUCGAAGAGCCUCGCUUACAGACCGUACACUAUCGAGGAAUACAAGACCUUGCCGAUACCGAACCUCGAUCGAUCUCUUGGGCCCGAUAAAGUGGAAAUGCAAACGAAGAGAGAGUGGCUAAUGCGGCGAAGGUCAUACGGGAACUCAGUUAGCGCGCAUAAUCGCCAGCGGAUAGUGCUGCAGGCGCAGAAGCUGAAGCCGAUGCGCAGCGCCCCUCAAAAAUGUUUUCUGCCUCCUUUGAAGGAUAAAGAAGUCGACGUAAAGAUGCAGAGCAAUUCAAUAUCUUCGACGAUAUUCGAGGAGCAGGAUACUAUCUCGCUAAAUGGAGGCACAAAUUAUGGCAAGUAUUCCAAGGGGAACAUUGAUGUUGGCAAAGUAUCUUCAUCGGAGAAGUCUAAAAAAUUCGGGAGAGCGUCAAGCUUUGGAUCGUCGUCAAACUCACGUGAUGUCAUUGAAGAUUCAUAUUUGGAGUCCCUAAGGCAACGUCAUCUUUACGAGAAGGAGAUGGUGGAUCGUAUUAUGAGCCAAGCACUAUGCCCUUGA